AUCCUCUCACUCACACUCCAGUUUAGCUUUCAAAGCAGAUGUGGGCAUUACUUAUACAGAAAUAAUGCCACUCCGUCAGAAUUUAAUAUUCUUCAUUCUUGUGAUGGUGGGCAUGCUAUUCAGUGGGGUCCUGUACCUGAGCUACACCUUCAACCAGGACAGUUGCAGAAAACAACAACAACAGCAACAACUAACUGAACCAGCUACUGUCAAGACAGAGGUGAAGCAGAAGAAUUUAGGAUUGCGCUCAUCACCAGGGUUUGUAUACAGUCAACCCAGUGUCCUGGUGGGUCGGACAGAUGUUGCUUCUGUGACACCAUGGUUGGCCCCAAUUAUUUGGGAGGGGACUUUUGAUCCCAUACUGAUGGACUCUCUGCACAGUCAACAAAACAUCACCAUAGCAACCACAGUGUUUGCUUUGGGAAAAUACACACGUUUUCUUAAAGAUUUUCUGGAGUCUGCGGAGCAACAUUAUUUUGUUGGUUUUCAAGUUCAUUACUACCUGUUUACAGAUCAACCAGAAGUAGUUCCUGAAGUAAAGCUAGGUGACAAACAUCGUCUAACAGUACGGAAAGUCCCGGGUUUGAACAGGUGGCAGGACAUCAGUAUGGGCAGAAUGAAAAUAUUGGAAGAACUAACUAAGAGCGAACUGGUCAAUGAGGCUGACUACAUUUUCUGCCUUGAUGUGGAUACAAAGUUCUACGGCCACUGGGGUGUGGAGACUUUAGGUCGUCUAGUAGCUGUGAUACACCCUUGGUUCUAUGAUUUCCCACGGGAUAAAUUCACAUAUGAACGUAGACCAGAGUCACAAGCGUUCAUUCCAGCUGGGGAAGGUGAUUAUUAUUACACAGCUGCUGCGUUUGGUGGCUUUUUGAAUGAAGUACAUGAACUCACCAAAACCUGCCGCGAACAGCAGGGCAUUGAUGCUGCAAAGUCAAUUGAGGCAAUAUGGCAUGAUGAAUCUCACUUGAACAAGUACUUACUUUAUAACAAACCCAGUAAGUUGCUCUCUCCUGAAUAUCUGUGGCGGGACAUCAGUGCCAAAACGAGCCAAGUGAGAGUCAUUCGCUUCUCUCAUGUGGCUAAAAACAAUGCAGAAGUUCGCCCAAAUUCAUAGCAACUGUUGCCAUUGGCAACAUUCAGCCACAUGGACAUGCUGUGACCUCGCAGGCCUCCACAAAUACAUUGCAAAUCUCAGAUAUCUCAACAGGUUAAACUGAUAACAGAGAUGCCUCAAAAAUAUUUGGAAACACAGACAUGUACAGACAUUCAUGGGGACUGUAACAUCAAGAACAAAAUCUUCUUAACUGAUGAAAAUUACCAACUUGUUAUGUAACUAUUCUUUGUACACUAUUUCUCAAUUCAUUGUGCAACAAAACACAAUAUGAAUCUC